AUGUCUGAACAAAGCUCCCAGACUGAGGAAUCCUCCAGCUACACAUUGGCUCAUGAAUGGACCGAGAAUCCGUUCUUCCUCCAUGCCUCGGAUUGCCCUGGUUAUAAUUUAGUCAGCAUGGUUUUGACGGGUGAUAAUUAUGACAGCUGGUCACAAGCCAUGACCAUUGUUCUAUCCGCAAAGAACAAACUAGGUUUCGUCAUGGGAGAUAUUCCAAAACCUGAAUCAACCGUUGCCACAUAUGCCCCAUGGGUCUCGUCCAGCAGCGUCAACCUUUCACGCUUUCCCUCCAGCUUCAACGGCACUCCUGUCCCCACCGGAUCCAUUUCCUUCCAGAAAUCCUCUGUCAGGAGCAUUCAGCCCGUUAGAGCUACCGCUGUUGAUGUGCGGCCUAUUGUUCUAAAUGGCAGCAACAAGACAAAGAUUGGAAUUAAUGGAUUUGGUCGAAUUGGAAGAUUGGUGCUUCGGAUAGCAACUGCUAGGGAUGAUAUCGAUGUAGUAGCUGUCAAUGAUCCUUUUAUCGAUGCUAAAUACAUGGCUUACAUGUUAAAGUAUGACUCUACUCAUGGAGUUUUCACUGGAACGAUCAAUGUUGUAGACGAUUCCACCUUGGAGAUUAAUGGAAAGCAAAUUAAAGUUGAAAGCAAAAGAAAUCCAGAAGAGAUUCCUUUGGGUUAUGAUGGGGCUGAGUAUGUUGUUGAAUCCUCUGGAGUAUUCACUACAUUGGACAAGGCUUCCGCACACCUGAAGGCUGGCGCCAAGAAAGUGGUCAUAUCAGCUCCUUCAGCCGAUGCACCUAUGUUUGUGGUUGGAGUAAAUGAAAAGUCAUACAAGUCAAACAUGGAUGUAGCAGAUGAUAUAUCAAAUGAGGAAGCAAUGGAGAUAAACAUGCUUCGGAGAAGUAAUGCAAAUCAAAUGGCAAGGGAUUACAAUAUGCCAGAGAUUCAAUAACUUUAUGUUUACGACCUUUGUAAUAUUGUUUUUAAUUAUUGACUUAUCAAAGCCAAUAUUCAAAGUUGAACAAUGGACUACGUUACUUCAUUAUUCAUU